UCCCAUAGACAUCCUCACUAGAGAAUCUGUCAAUGCAGUCUUUCUCUUUCACCCUACCUCACUCCCUCCCUCUCUCCUCUCUGUCUCUCACACAAUGCAUACUUGUGCAGUGUCCUCCUCAUCAUUCCACUUCCUUCUCCCUCGUCUGUCUUUCACAAUUCUCUCUGUACAUUCCCCUGUCCCUGUCUGCAUGUACCCUCCCUCUCUCAUCUAACCCCCCUCCCUUGCUUUCGCUCAAGCCACCUGCUGCUUGUGUUCAUAUGAAAGAUUUGGGAAGAAAAGAAUGAUAGAAGCAGACUUGCAUUUGUGUGGUCACACCAAUUUUGUGAUUAUGUUUGGUCAAUCACCGUCGCUUUCUUGUCCAGUGGAAUUACAUCUGCUCACACGCAACAGGUAACAUGCAGGCUUCUAAACGCCUGACCCUAUCAGAGAGGAGAUGAGGCACCUAGAUGUUGGUUUACCAUGUGUAGCGUCCACUUCAACCACUCCCUUGCUGCCAUGAGCGGAAACGACAUGAUGGCGCACUCUCUGACUCUGGAGCAGAAGACAGCAUUUGCCUUUGUGGGGAUGCUACUGGUGUUCCUGGGGCUGCUGAUAGUAAGGUGUUUCAGGAUCCUGCUGGACCCCUACAGCAGCAUGCCUUCCUCCAACUGGGCUGAUGGCAUCGAGGGGCUGGAGAAAGGGACGUUUGAGUACGCCCUUACUUAACACAGGGACACAGAACUGCCUAUAGACACACAUAUGCAUACACACAGACACAAAUACACUUACACACAUGCAAACACACCGAAGCCACAGCCCUGCACAACCAUUGCACCUGACACUGACACGCCAUUAAGACAUCACUCUGUGACGGACCGAACCAAGAGACUGAAGCUGAAUAUGUUGUUCAAUGUGUGUGCGCUGUUAGUUCAGAGCCAGUGUAGAGUCUCUCUACUGUAUGUGACUACAUGUCUGUCGUUGUGUGUCUCUUGAGUGAGUGUGAGGCAGAUGCUGUGUCAUAUUCUUUGCCCUUCUGCCAGGGGGGUGCAUUUCAGCUCAUCGAUUUACAUGGAAAUGGCUGAAGCUCCCUUUAACCCAUACCUACAAGUUGAAUGUCUGUAGAUGAUGAGAGAUGGUAAGAGGUUGAUGCUCGUGGGACAGGGUGGGGAAUUAGGGCACAGUGGUAUUAUUCAGAUGUAGUUUGAAGUCUCAGGGACAAGAUUUCGUAUGUGAACUCAGAAUGUGAAACAGAGUGGUUGCACCUCUGCAUAGCAGAGCUGUUCUGCACAAGAAUGUAUAUGGUUGGAUACAGGGUAUUAUGUCAAACUAGUGCUUUGUGGACUAAUCAAACCCAGUCUGUUGGUGAUCCAAAGGAAUGUUGCUGCUGCCGUGUGUGUGCAGAUUGGCCCUCCGUUGUGUGAAAGUAAACUGAACAAACUGUGAUUUACAUUAUGGAGUUACUGUUUCUUAAUGAUGCAAAAACAACUCUCAGAGUUUGUACUGCUGCUGUCUUUGAGUGAUGGUAUACUGAAUGUUACCACAAUUACAUGUCUGAGUGAAAAACACAACUGUUUACUUUUGACAGUAUGUCUGCAAAGGCAUGAGAUAAUGUUGAUUUAUGACUUGUCAGUUGUUCUGUCUGGCAAGCGUUCUGUCUACAGGUUGGCUGAUGCGAUCAUGCCAAAGAACUUUUAAGGAAAAUGAGGAUUAAGACUGGAAAGGACUCUCUCAGUGCUGCUAGUUUUCUAAUGACAAGGAUAAACUCUCACUACCUGCCUGCAGAGGAAAAGGUCACAUGGAAAACAGGGGUGGGAUGUCUGUCAGCACUGCACGUGAACAUCUUCUUCCUCCUGUUCUCAGCCAUCCUCACCCUUUCUCACCUGCUCUCUUCCUUCCAGACAGAGGAAGACAGGACAGUCCUAAACAGAGAUUCUGUAAUACGGCAGACUGGUCAAAGUCUUGAGUGUUCCUUUGCUAAUUUUUACGGUCUACGGUUUCCUCUUAGUGCUGUGAAUCUGCCUUACUGUGACCUUCAAUGGGUUUAUGUGCCUUCAUCUAGAAACAUUAGAGCACCUGUUUGUGUGUAUGCAUGUGUGUGUGCGUGCGUGCGUGUGUGUGUGUGUGUGUGUGUGUGUGGCAUAUCAUGAUGACAGACCUGUUGCUUGCUCAGCUGGUGGUAGAGAUUUCCCAUUGAUAUAGAUUUGAUUCAAUGAUGUGAAAUAAAUAGAAUUUCUUCACUUUAAAA